AUGGUGCAGCGCGCCCGAGUGCUCGCCUGGUCACGUGGUAAGACCUUCGAAGGAUCACAGCGGCCAGAUGCGCAAGAGAGUGACGACCCGCUGCAGUCACCUCAGUUCGAGUUUGAGCGAGCGCAGUCUGCCGAGGAAGCAGAGGCCAGCUUUCGCCUUGACACUGUCGAGUCGGACGGCGACUUCUGGUGCGACCUGAUUUAUAAGUGGAGCUCGCAGGACGCUGACUGCCAGUGCAUCCUGGAUGCUAACACUCUGGUGGGGCCAAACACGAGCCGGCACGAUGAUGUCCGAGAGGACGUUUUGGAGUCCCUCUUCGAUCUGAGCCCCGAGCGUAUCUUUGAAGUCUUUGAAGCGAACUCGCGUAUGAACCUGCUAGCCCCUGGCAAGCUGCCAAAAGCAUUGAAGGCCUACGGCCUUCCGGAGCCGGCCAAACAAACACGCCAAAAGAUGUUAAUGGAAGUGUGCCGAAAUCCAGAUGCAGGCCUUCAGCUACAAGAGUUUGAGGCAAUCGUGUCCCGCACAGUUCUGGCUCGUUUGGUUACAGGCUUGGAACAACACCCACGCGCUGUUGAAUGCCUGAAGGUGACUGACUACAGUGCGCGCAGCAUCGAGCCGGACAAGCAGCAGUCCCUCUCAGAGGACCAGUGCCGGCAGUUCUUCUUCGGCCACAGACCGACAAACGGCUUGGCAUCCACAGUAAGGUGGGUACACGUCACAGGGCUUGAGCUCUCAGUAGUGCUGGCUCUGGCGGUAAAGUACAGCUUACACCCUCUUGCAGUUGAGGAUACAAUUCAGCAGAAUCCGUGCAAGAUUGAUCGCUAUGGUGAUCAUUACUUUGGCACGAUUGAGCGCAUUUCGUUGGCCCAUCAGCGCAAUCCUCAUCGCCCGGUUGAGGUCAUUGGGCAUCACGUAUCUUUUUUUUGCUCUGGCGCUCCCAACAUGGACACGGUCAUUACAGUCUGUCAAGAGGAUCAAUCUUUCGAAAAGGAAUGGCCGCGUGCUGGCGUGACCCUUGUCUCCACCACCUUGCAGAGGCCAGAGCUGAAGCUACAGAAGAUCGAGAAGCGUUUGCGGCAACCUGUGUCGCGCCUGCGGGAACGACGUGCCAAUUUCUUUGUGCAUGCAGUCCUGGACAUCUGUGCAGAUGAAAUCAGUGAUGUGGUGCGUGCAUUUGGGAACCGGCUACAGGUGCUCGAGCAGGAUGCACACGAAGGAAACAAAGUCGACUCAGCAGGCGAUGAAGCAGCGACCAUUCGCACACAACUGGCCCUGGUAGAUCGCCGUGGCAAGAGCCUCCAACGCGUUGUGCGUCGCCUGCUAGCUGACGAGGACUUUUCUGAAGGCAUGUUCAGCUACCUGAAUGAUGUGUCGGACCACUUGGAAGAAGCUCGUGAUGACUCCGGGCGUUUAGCUGAGAAGUGCAUUGGUAUCCAGCAAUUGCACGACCGCCUGGCUGAAGCAUACCAGGAUAAGAUGCUGAAGAGCCAGGAGAUGUUGCGAGCUAAGCAGGCGGAUCGCCUCAACAACAUCCUCUUUGUUUUGACUUUGGUCACCACCAUCUUCUGCCCAGUGCAGUUUAUGUGUGGCGUCUAUGGCAUGAACUUUGUGGAUAAUACAGGGCGUCCGGCCAUUCCGGAGCUGUUAUGGAGGAAUGGUUACCUCUACUUUUGGCUGAUCGUGGUGAGCUACCUGAUGGCUGCUUUUUCAGCUGCGGCUUACCUGUACC